GAGAACCGGUGUUACAGUUUUAACCAAUAGUUCUGUCACUUUACUUCCUUCAGCGAUUUUGGAACGUUUACUGUUGAAAAGUGAUAUCCCAAGUAUGAAUACAGCAAAGUAUACACAGUAAAGGGUACAAAAAAGGAAAACAUUGGAUUAGUAACACGAGCCGACUGUUCAUCCCACUUUGGUAAUACGUGGCAAUGCCUGACGUCAUUAGAACGCGGCCAUCUUUCCACAGUUAGUGCGUUUGCUACUUCUCUUUUGGCUCAAUACAUUGGAAAGUGAUUGAUUUUCCACCCAUUCGUUUCUCUGGAAUAUCAAGAUUUCAGACCGAAGGCCGGGAAGAUGAUGGAAGAAAGUGGAAUAGAGACCACCCCACCCGCCUCCCCUUUGCCUCCCCCUAGCAUGGCAGCCGCAGUCAACCCCCCUCCCCUGACUAUGGGCCUGUCCAGUCCCCUGUCCCUCCCCAGAACCACCGGCAUAUCCACCUUCGCCCCCGAGGGCUUCUCAACCCCCGCCCCUCUCGCUGUCUCCACCUCAAUCCCCCCUAUCCACUCCUCCGCGCCCCCUCCCUUCGGCAGCCCCAUACCCACCCUGUCCUACCCCCCUCCGCCCAUCGGGGAGCACCUUACACCCCCAGCCCCAUGGCCUUCUCCUCCCCCUCCCUCCGCGCCCCCGAUGGGCGCUGUGGCCCUGCCUCCGACCGGUCCGGUGAUGACGGCGCCACCGAUGGGCCCGCCCACCACAGGCUUUACCAUGAGUGCGGGCUAUGACAUCACGCGGGGACACGCCGGACGCACACCGCAGACGCCGCUCAUGCCCAGUUUCUCCAGCGCCUCCCCAAUGACAGGGGUAGUAUCCAACCCAAUGGUGCAACAGCCAAUGAUGUCAGGGGGUCUAGAUGCCGGCUCCCCCAUCACCUUCCCUGAGGUCGAAAACGAGGACCCCCGCCUCGCCGUAGAUGCCAACGCGGGGGGCGGCAUUUGGGGUUUCUUCAAGGGCGUGGCAGGUAACCACAUGGUAAAGACGGUCCUGGAUAAGACCAAGCACUCAGUGGAAUCCAUGAUCACCACUCUGGACCCGGGCAUGGCUCCAUACAUCAAGUCGGGCGGGGACUUGGACAUCGUGGUGACAUCAGACAAAGAGGUGAAGGUGGGGGCAGUGAGAGAUGCCUUCCAAGAGGUGUUUGGCAUGGCCAUGGUGACCGGGGAGGCCGGCCAGUCCAACAUCGCCCCGCAGCCCGUUGGCUACGCAGCCGGAGUCAAGGGGGCCCAGGAGCGCAUCGACAGCCUGCGGCGGGCGGGCGUCAUCCACGAGAAGCAGCCCGUGGUCUCUGUGGAGAACUUCAUCGCAGAGCUUUUCCCCGACAAAUGGUUUGACAUUGGCUGUCUAAUCCUGGAGGAUCCUGGAGCUGGCAUUCACAUUGAGACCUUCACUCAGGCUACGCCACUGUCCUUGGAGCACGUCCAGCAGGCCCAGUCCCUGACCCCGCCGGACUACAGCCUUCGCUGGUCGGGCCUACUGGUGACGGUGGGCGAGGUGCUGGAGCGCAACGUACCCAAUGUGUUGCGCACGGACUGGCACCAGGCCUUCACGGGCAUGUCCCGCCGCCAGAUGAUCCAGAGCGCCGCCAAGGCCCUGGCGGGCAUGUACAAGCAGCAGCUUCCACCCAGGACAAUGUGAGGUGGCACCAUAUCCCCCAGCCACCAUGUCUUUAAACUGACAACUAGGGGGAGGGAGAACCAGAGGAGGGAAGAGGGGGUUGGGCAGAAGCGGCAGCCGUUUCACCAAAUGGGAUUCCUACUCUGCUUCUAGCUGUCCGUCCUGAUUGGGCAAAAAGCCAAAUGCAAUUUUUUUGUUAUGUUUUAUUAUUUGUUUGUAGCAAGGUUUUAUGGGUUGAAACAUUCUGAUGUGCCAACUGGAUGGAGAGAAUAACAGAAGUGGAUUGUUCCUUCAAAAACAGGAAAUCAUCAUUUAUUUCUAAAUCAACUUUUUCCCCCCAGCUAAGGCCCAGAAAGACUUGCCGUUUCAGAGAUAGCGUAGCAAACUAGCUCAUUAAAGUCAUGAUUGAUUAUUUGAA